AACAACAAUCCGCCAUGUUUGUGAGCAGGAAGAAGGACUGUAGCCUGUAGAGAAGAACGCGAGUGUCAAGCUUCCGAAAAUGUACGACCGAGCUCCAAGAACAUUAACAAAACCGGCUGACAGUACUGGAGGAAGUGUUGGGCCCGGCUCAUAUGAAGCUCCUACUUAUGGGCCGAAAAAAUACGGUAAGAAUUACUGCAAAUGUUAAAAUAAAAACUUCGGAAGUCGGAUCGCAAUACAAUUAUUUUUCUUGACCUUUGAGAUGUUUUGCAGUAAAUAAACCAUAAAAUUGACUGAAUUUAUAACAGACAACAAUUUCUGACAUAAAUAUACGGUAGUAAAAUCGACUAAAAAGCCAAAGUCUGUCUGAAAGCUUAUUGAAGAUGGUGAUUAGGUUUGUUGAUGAUGAUUUGUCUUCAGUUGGCAGAUAAAUGUAAGUUUAAGUUUUUUUACGGUAUUUCAAAGAUUUAUUAAUUUGGCCAAGGCUUGAUUCUGUACCUCAUAUUCAUCAAGGUUGAUUAUAGGCUGAACUCAUAAUGAUGUUUCGCCCUAAACUAUAAUUUACUGAAGGGAGCAUGAUUUGAAGCGUUUUAAGCUCUAAGACAACAUACAGGCAUUUGAUCUAGGUUAACUGCUAUUUUGAUUGUUUUUGUUUUGAUUCUUUAGCAGAUUUAAAUGAGGUAUGGAUUAAUAUUGAUUCUUUUUGUACAAUUAGAUGGCUAUGCACCAUUCUUGUCCAUGACAACACGUGAGACAUUCCUUGAUGUUGGUGAUAGUGUCAUGGCAGCCCCAGGCCCUGGCCAAUAUGACCCUGGGAUCAUCAGUGAAAGAGUGAAAGGAGGAAGCACAUUAGCCAAUAAGGUAAGUCAAAAGUACCACACAUACAGUGCUGUGCGAUAACGGUCAUUAGAGAGCUUUAGAUUCGAGGACGAGGAUGUCUACAAGUACAAGAUUUUUACUUAAAAUUUUUUUGCGUAUUCUCAAAAAAAUAGAUACCCUGGAAAACUUCAUUGUACUUUUGAUUCACCAGAAAAGUCAUCACUGUUAUCUUUAUUAAAAGAGGUUAAGCCCACUGCAAAUCACAAAAUGAAAAAACUUGUCACAUUUGAUAACUCAUUUCCGCCUGACUACGACAUUCUCGCUCAAACUCGUAGAGUAGAAUGAUGACAGCUAUCACGUUUUCCUGCCAAAAUGAUACUGGUUCACAAGCGAGCAAUACUCAGUAUUGAGGAAAUCUCUUUCUCGUAGUCGUUCCCAUCUUAGAAUCUAAAGGUCUUUAUUACUAUAUGGCUGAAUUGACACUGAGUGAGAUCAAACAAUUGCUGUGUUUUGAUUGGUUACAUGAGCGACAAGAUGGGACUAUCUUGCCUGAACCAAAUUUCCUGGAUUGGUGCUGAGGAAAAAUUCUUUAUAAAUUACAAAUCUUGUUUAGUCAAGAUGGCUGUAUACUGACCUCGUUCUUUUUUUUUUUUUGGCACUUUUAUUGACCUGGACUAAGAAUUCAUCUCGGACACUAAGUCUCUUUUAAAACAUUGUGGAGUUGGAUAGGUUUUUCAGACCGGGUAAUUACUAAUUAUGUAGAAUGCACAUGAAAAGGAUUAAAUGCAACUUCCAGUGCUAAAUCUGCCACUCAGUGCCAUUGGUCAAUUAGAUCUGCAUGUGCAGUUGUCAUUGACUCAUCACCAGGUGCAGAUCCAUACCAGUUUCCACCGUUUCAUGGAAAUCGGUCAAGUGAAAAAAAUACAGUAUAAAUGUUCUAUAAAUACAAGAAAAACACUUUCCAAGUUUCAAUUGAAAUCUGGCCAAUGUCCUGUCAGAAUGACUCGGAAACCCAGGAGGGGACUUAAGGAGUAAAGAUCCAAAAUAAUUUCCUGGGGGAGCCCGCCCUCAGACCUCGCUAGAAGGUGGUGCUUCAGUGCUCAUUUAGGAAAUCGGUCAGUUUUUAUCCUGGAUCUAUGCCUGAUUACAAAUUGUUUGCUUUUUCUACCUUUUGUCCUAUGUAUGUUCAAUGCCUAAUGUUACCAGAUGUUCCCACUUUGUAGUCUUCCAGGUUCAGUGGUAAAGAACCUCACACACCAGGACCAGGGGCAUACAACUUACAAAAACGCAGUGAUUGGUUGAAGGAGAAGCUUGUCCAAAAAGAAAUGCCACCAGAGAUGCAAGAGGGAAUGAAAGAUGGAUCAGUAAGUAGAGUAUAUAGCUACUAUCAGGGACAAAUCUAGUCAAGAAACUUUACCAUUUUGCUGACUACAAAAAGAAAGAUGAAUUUCUUUCCCAUCCCCGCCAAGGUAAUGUUGCACGGCCGUUCAAGCUACCAAAAAGAAAGAAAAAAAUCUACUUCGAGAGGAGGGGUGCACAUGGUUGUAAAUGUAUAUAAGAGCCAGCCGCUGGUGAAGUUCACCAGCUACUUUCAUUACUUAAGAGUCAAGAUAUGGCAAGGAGGUAUAAAUUUAGGCUCAUUAAAAAUAUAAAUUUGCAGUGCCUAUCUUUUCUGAAAACAUAUAAAAGAUUUGUGACUCAACUGGGAACAGCUAGUUUGGAAACGCUAUGUUUGGGACUGUCUUAAUGUUUCAACAAAUCUUGCUGCAGUGGCAGGAAAGUACAUACAAUAUAAUUAAUUUUGUUGUCCCCCAUAUUGGGUUUCAAGAUAUGAAUGCAAAAUUAGUGCGAGCAGAGAACUAAAAAAAUGUUUGCUGGUCUAGUCUUUCAAGUACGUGCCAUAACUCAAGUUUACAAGCUGUCAAGUGGCAAUAUUUGCCAGGCUCGUUAGCUCCAGCAAAAAAAUAUCUUUCCACUUUUUGUUUACAUACAUUUGUUUUAUUGCAAUGUUGCUUUGUCUUUCUUUGAGUAACAUGAUUUUGACAGUAUAAGAUUGCCGUUUAAUUCUUCCUUCUAAUGUCAAAGUUUCAAGGCCCAAAAUGCCAGGAAAUGCAUUUUCCAGCAUUCCAUUUUCAAAUCCCAUAUUGGAUUUCAAGAUACACAAUGUAUGAAAUAUGCAAACAAUGUAUGAAAUAUGCAAAAUUAGUGGGAGCAUGAAACUAAAAAAAUGUUUGCUGGUCUAGUCCUUCAAGUAUGUGCCUUAACUCAAGUUUAAAAGUUGUCAAGUGGCAACAUUUGCCAGGCUCCUUACCUCCAGCAAAAAAAUCUCAUUCAACUUUUUGUUUAUAUACAGUUGUAUUAAUGAAAUGUGGCUUUGUCUUUCUUUGUCUUUCUUUAAUUCAUCCCUCUAAUGUCAAAGUUUCAAGGCCCAAUAUGCCAGGAAAUGCGUUUUCCAGUGUUUGAUUUUCAAAAAUUUUUCCAGGGGAGUAUGCCCCCGGACCCCCUAAAAAUGGUGGGCUAAAGCCCAUCAUAUGUGUCCCCCAGAACCACAACCGAAACUCUGGCUAAUUAAAACCUAAAGAAACUCCAGGGGUAGCUUGUUUUGUUCUCCUAAAUUCCCCAUUUGAGCACUGUGUCACAUCAAUUUUGUCCCAACUGUACGAAUGGUGCAUUCACAGCAGAAAGUUUGGGAAAACAAACCCUUCAGUCCCCCAGAUCAAUGUGAAGAUUCUUUGUAUCAGUCAUGACAUGUACUUUUUGUAAUAAAAACAGAGAGAAUUUUUUUAAAAAAUUAAGAUGUCUUUUGAUAAUAUUGGUUAUCGAUUUCUUUAUUCUUGUGCUUACACUUGAUUUGACAGUGAUGAUAGAUGCUAAUCUAUUAGGCUUUAAUUAAGGUUAAUACUUUUGUAGAGACGAGUCUCUGCUUGUUUUGCUUAAAUAAUUUGGAACACAACAGCAAAGACCAAACAUCUAAAUAAGUUUACCUUUGAAACUACAUAUACAAACAGUGUAAAUUCAAUUCAUUGAAAUUACCCUCAAGCUCCAGUGUUCAAGUACAGCUUCACGUGGUUUUUAAUAAGGUUUUAAGUAGGUGGCAAAAGCUGGGGAGUAGGUAGAGAAGGAAAAAACUUGUGCAACAGGUGGGACUUGCGAAUGCCGAAAGUUACCAGUAGGUCCAGGAAAUGCCCCUUGGAAAAAUUUUGAAAUCUGGGCCUCUCAGAGUGCAUUUCCAGCAUUCUGGAACACAAAUUAGAGCGUUUGAACAGAACACAGACAUCACUAAAUUUUGGCUUUUUUGAGGGUAAUUUCCAAAGAAAAGUAGGUGGCGAGUUCACGUGAAAUAGCCUGCAAAAUUCGCUGGCUGCAGGCUCCCAUUGAGAACCCUGGCUUCAUAACAAUAAAAUGAAAGUAUAUUCAUUUUCCUUUUUAUAAAGGUUUUCAAGACAAGUCGUAUAACAUUCCAGCGAAAAGCAGAUCCACCUUCCAUUCCAUCACCUGGCAAAGCCUACGGCUAUGAAGAAGCACCAGAUGGUUCUCUACGGCCUCAGGAGUUACCUAAUCGAGACAGCACCAUGGGCCCUGCUUAUUAUAACGUCAAUCAUGUAAGCCUAAGAAGUGACUAAACUUCUGAACUCUAGGGAGUUUUUCUGAGAAUCCUAAGAAAUUUAAUUCCCAACACUCAAUUAGAUUGUAAAAUAGCUCAAUUGUAUUGUGAUACUUGUUAGCCCCAGAUGGUUUUAUUGUUCUGAUUGGCACUUCACAUACAGUAAAACCCCCACAUAAGAACCUAGAAUUUUCAAGGUCGGGCUGAACAGGUUCUUAUAUUUUAAGGUAGUUUUUCACAAUUCAGGCUGAUUAAGUUCUUUAAUACGUAGUGUAACCAUUGGCAGAAAUCAAAUUUUACACUACUAAUACAAUGGUCGAACAAGAUCAAAAAACAAUCAAGGUCCAAAAAGAACAUCAAUACAAUUCUUAUUUUAUUUAUAAGAUAUUUAGAUAUUAAAUCAUCUAUUCAUCUAUAUUGCGCUGUAGCUGUAUCAACUAAAGUAUUUCUAGUGAAAGUCCAAACAAAUGUAAAUCAAAGAAAUUAUAUGUACACAAUAACUUUUUGUCAGAAGUUUCUCACACUAUUAAAAUCCACCAAAUCGGGAAUGAUUUUUUUGUAUGAGAACCUAUUUUUAUUUGCCAGGCUGAUCAGGUUCUUAUAUUUUUGCAUAUUUAACUUGUAAAAGUUCUUAAAUCAUUAGGUCUCAACCAUGUCUUUCAUUGAUACCCACACCUGACCUGAGAUAUUGGCAUUGUCUUUGCCCAUCUUGAUCUUAAUUCAUGAUCAGGUUUUUGGAUCAUUUGGAGUACUGGUUUAAUAUCCUAAGAGAAGGGAACUUCUCUGAUAAUACUAUGUUGCAUUGUAUCUGCUGAAUUUUGUGUCUGGAUCAUUUUCUCUCUAUAGAGGAAUACUGUUGCUACUCAGAGAUACAAAGGAGUUCAUUUUGGCAAUAGAACCUCAAAGAGAAUGCAGUUUAAAGGUACAUGUAUGUAGCUGCUUCUAUAAAGUGGUACAUAUACAAGUCCUAUAGUUUUACCAUUCAGUACUUGAAAGAAAAUUCAUCCAGAAUGUAAAGAAAGCUUUUGAUUUAGAUUUGUAAUUCCUUUCUCAGACUGUUUACUCAGUUAUGGUAAACCAGUUGCUGGUUGCACGUGACGCUGCGGCAUCCACGUUGGUGGUCAAGAACAAAAGCAUUUUUCUCCUCUAAACUCUAUUUUGCUUGAGAAAAAAAAUGUGAUGACCCCGGCAACAUGCUGGUUGCAAACCAAGAAUAAUGUGAUAAAUCUUGUUGCAAAAAAGUCAUUCCAUUUAGAAAAAUUAAGAUCUAAACUCAAACUUUCUGCUGGCCCUUUUCAUGCAUUGCUGUCAGCACGCUAUUAAUACAGUUUUUCCUAUAUGUCUUCAGGGAGUGGAGGGCCAGGCCCAGGUCAGUAUGACCCAUUCAAAGAACCUGGCAUCAGAGCACCAAUUGAUCUGGUAAAUAUUUUCUCUAAUUAGAAUGGCUGCUUGUUAGUGAUCUUAAUUUAAAAAUGUUUGGUCUAAUAGAUUUAUCAUUUAUAGAAUUUAAAAGAAAAAGAAAUGCUAUUUUAACCAAUUUUCCAGGUUAUUGAAGAGAACCAGAAGCAGCCCUUUGACUCUAAGGUAACAUGGUUAAUAUAUGUCUUUAUUUUUAAUGAGUUGACAUACAUAGUAUUAAUAAACAUAGGUACAUGUGUAUGAAAUACUUGCCUCAAUGAUUUAACUUAAUUUAUGUUUCUGUUGCUCACACAGUUACCUCGAUAUCAUGAGGCUAUAGCUAUGCAAGAAGAAAAGAAGGUAUUAGUCAGAACUAAAUUGGAUUAAUUUUAUUUGAUCUUAAUUCGAACUUAAAAUAAAAGAAAUUACAUGAAGCUGUGCUGUAAAGAAAAUUGAAUGCAACUUGUUCUCCUUAUCAGGUGAAAAACCAGUAAGAUUUACCGUCUGAAGCAACAAUUCUUACCACCUGCAAUCACCUGAAAGUUUACUCAGAUUAACUUAGUUGUUUAAAAAAUACACAAGUUGGGAUCUGAUCUGACUCUCACAAGGAAAUGAAUGAAUACUGCUAUACUAUUUUUAGCGAUGACUGAUAUGAUGCACCAUGUUCAUCACGUUUUUGCUCUCUGGCAUUGAUGUAAUAAAUAGUUCAUUUCUCUAGAAUUGAUUUUGACGUGAGUAUUAAUACAAGCUUGCUCAAUCAUUGUCAAAUACGAUAUAAAAAGUAAAUAUCCUAAAGAAAUUUAUAGACUGUUGAUAAGUAGUAGGAAGCAAAAAAAUUUUAGCGAGGAAAUCCUGUUUCACGUGUAGAAUCAAGUGCCUCAUCAUUUCUUGUCUAAUCUCCAAGUGAGCAAGACUCAGCGCUUUUGCAAGCUCUUUUUGUUAAAUUAUACAUUAAUUUUUAUACAGAUAUUUCUUUAUUCUCAAUACUAAGGGAUAGGUAAAAAUAGUGAGGUUUCCUCCUGGAUACCCAAAGUGAGACCAAAAUCUGCAAGUUUCACCCCUAAGCAAGAGGAAAAGCAUCCCCAUCACUUUGAUAUGGGAGCCCCCCCCCCUCAUUAUCACAGUCAGCAUGCACUUAUUUGCCAGAGACCCUUGAUGGUACAGUGUAGUCCAGCCAACAAACAAGCUCCUGCUGACAAACCAGUGCUCUACCAAAAACAGAACAAAAUUAAUUAAACUUUCUAACUAACAAAAAUACUUUAAAAGUGACUUUUAUUCGUGCGUUUAAUUCACAGGCUGUUCCUGGCCCAGGAAAGUAUGAGAUCAAAAGUCAGUUUUCAGCCAAACCUCAGCCUAUCAGUCAACCUGAUGAACCAAUUAUUCAUCCUCCCUUUGGUACUCAGUCCAGGGUAAGAAAUCAAAUCAUUUUAACCCUUAAUUUAAGCCCCUAAUAUCCACAUGCAAAUUCUCUCUUGUGAUCUCCAUCAUUUCCUUGGAGGAUUAGUUAAGAGAAUUUAGAUAAAAGAUCAAAGCAUGUCCUUCUUUGGUGAUGAUUGAUGAUUUAAUUAAUUCUCUUAACCUAUACCCUUCAUAAUGUAUGAAAUGUUAGGAGAAAAUAUGUGCUAGUCACUAUUGGGUUUAUAAACGGCUAUGUUACAGUUGUCUAGUUAAUUUUGUUGAUAAUUUUUCAUGAAAAAAGGAAUUGUCUGUAAAUGACAAAAUUUCUGCUUUCUGCCAAACAAAAACGUUUCCGAAGCUUUAUAUCAAACGUUACAAACAACAGAAAUGAACUUAGUUCCUAUUGCCUGAAGCCUCUGUUUCAAAUGAGGCUAGGUUCAAAGUCAUUGAUAUGAAAAUGCCUUUUUAUUCUUGUGCAAUAAAACUCAUUUUCACAACAGAGGUUUUGCUCUUUAGCCUCGUAUUAAAAGUGAGAGUUUUUGUGAACUUGGAAACAGCCUAUUAUUUGUAGGUGAUAUCUGUAGUAGCCCUUGCAUUUACACAUUAGCCCUUGAAUCAAAUCCAAUGGGCUUGUUUUAGAGUUUGCCAUUUGAUUUUUCUUUGUUUUGCCUAAAAUGUGCAUAUAAGCCACGGGAGGACUAAGCCUAAUUCCAUGGAAGGACUGGUUCCAAGUUGAUUUCAAACAGGCAUUGCUAGCAACAGAAUGGCGUAGACAUUUUUUGUAUUAUAAAAUUAAUCCUGUAAUCCACUUGAUUAAAGUGGUGAUGCAGCAGCUGCUUGUAAUGUCUUUCCUGAUUCGUUCUUUUAAGCAAUGGUUAUUCGAUGUUUACCAUUGUUUUCUGGUUUGGGUGGCAAACCAAUUGGCUUUCAGCUUCCAAGCAGCUGCUACAUGACCCAGAUUAAAGUCAUUUGUGAAGCCUUCUUUCAGGAGUGUAAUUAGAGAUAAUGUCACCAUUGCAGAGCUAAUGUAAUGGUUAUAUGUGUAUGCUGCCAGUUAAUCCACCCUUGGGCUUAUAAAUGACUUUAUGUGUAAUUUUAAUCAUUUCUUUUCAAUCAAUCUGCACAGAUAGACCAUAAUGCACCUUGUUUUAAAAAAAAAAAAAAAAUAAUAAAUAAAUAAAUAAUAAAAUAAAUGUGCAUAAUCAUUGGUUUCAAUUUCUCUUGGGACAACUAUGAUACCCAGGAGAAAUUGGAGACAAUAAUUAUGCAAACAUUUGGGGGCGAAACAAGGUGUAUUAUAGUCUAUAUAAAAAUGGUGAAUUGAUGCUCGAACGUAUUACAUUGUAAUCUUUAGAGGUAAGCUGAUACAUAAAUUUUGUAUUUCAGCGGUUUGGGGAUAAUAAAAAGGAUUCUCCUGCUCCAGGCACUUACAAUGAUCCACGCAACUCUUUAGAAAUUCUUAAAAGGUAACACAUCCCUUGCAAACUUUCUCAUUAGUCCGAUUUCUGAAAGUUAAAUGGGUUUGGAUAAAAAAAGAAGAAAAACUUGAAUGUGCAAAACUCUGUGAUUAUGAAGCCCGUUUAGAAGACUUUUAUAAUUUUAUUAUUGUAACCUUAGAGUGCUCUUUUAGUGCGUUUUUGUGCGUGUUGUAUAUGAUCAGCUAUUCCAAAAUUUACAUCUCUGUAAAGUGCACAUCUUGCUUAGGUGGAUCUAAGUAGCUGCUUGUUUCUUUGUUGCCAAAUAUAAGAUUUAAUGAGCUCAAAGGGCUGAUGUCAUUAUAGGAGAAAUUCUCUCCAAAGCCUGUCAGAAGUCUCUAGAAUGCCGUGAGUCUUCAACGAUCGAUUUUUCAAAACUUGCACUUUUCUCCAGGACCUUCACUGGGCUUUGGAGUGAAUGGCUCUCAUAAUGCAUGAAAAUUAUCGGCCCUUUGGGAUCUAGGCUCAGUCUCCAGCCGUGGUUGUUGUGAAAAACACAAGGCGAAGUCACUGAAGUCAAUUUUCCUUGCUGAAGGCUUUUCUUUUUCCACAAAAAGAAACUGAUUAUUCCUUUGAACUUUCCCUUUCUAUCUGUCCCUUCUAACAGUGCACUUUCAAUCUUGCUACGCGGAAAAAAAACCCUGUAGGGGAGAUGGUUUGCGUUCUGGGCAGAUAUGAGGUGGUCCUCCUAAAUUAAACUUAAACUUUAUUAUUUUUUGAUUGCUUAGGACUACUGGACUAAAGCGAAGUCCCUUUGGUCAGACCUCUGUACGAUUCCAAGGGGAACAUCAUGUAAAGAGAACACCAGGUGAGUACUGAGUCACAAAGUUUACAUUAACUUGUUUGACUGCCAGUAAAUCAUGAGAGCCAGCAGAAUAACAAGCUCACCAUCAAGCACAUCAGGAUAAGUGGUAUAGUUUCCAGGAGCCAUUCUCUCUUGUCCCAGUAAUUACAUUCUAUUUCCAUUUCUAUUUAAUGCUGAUCAAACUUAAGUUUUUAUUAAGCCAUUGAUUUUCAAUUUAGUUUAUUUGGACGAUUGAGUACAAAUGAAGAUUGUUGUCGUUGUCAUUCUUAUCGUUCCAAAUCGUCGCACAAUACACUGCAGCCCCUUCCCAAACUUUUUAUAAGCAUUGAUUCAAUUUAGGGACGAUUUUAAGUGCGAAAAGGAAUUUCAGCUGCGGCUGAAAUUACAAAAAACCGGCUUAUUGGCUUUGAUUUCUCUUGGGACGAUUGUAAUACCCUGGAGAUGUUUAUGUUAUUUAUUCAUUUAUUUUAUUUAUUUAUUUAUUUUUUUGUGGGGCGGGUAAGGGAGAGGGUUAACACAAGGUGCAUUAUGGUUUCGGUGAAAAUGGUGAACGCAAAGUUUGAGGGGCAAAGCGAGCGUAUUGAGACGAUGGGACGUUGUGAAAGUGGAGAAUUUUUGUCUGCUUGUUUCGUGUUGUUGUUGUUUUUUAAAAUUUGAAAAUACCUUAAACAUUUCUAACGGGCCUUGCCCUAAAUUAAUCUGUGUGAUUUGUGUCAUCAGGUCCAGGAGCUUAUUACGUUCCAGAUAUGACGUCAGAGCUUAUUAGAAAGGCCCAGUAAGUCCAGCUAUUCUUGUAUGUUAUAUGUUUUCCGAUUAGUUUAGGAAAUGAUGCAACAGUUUUUGGUCUGUCAAAAAGGCGUGGCAGUUCUAAAUAAAACAAACAUUAAAUGAGUUGAUUAUUUUAUAAACGCUCGAACGCGCAAUUCAUGAGCACUUAUCGGCAGCUCUUUGCUCAUAAAGAAUUCCCUUGUACACCAAAACAAGCAAAGUUGUCUACGACCUUCAGCACAAAAUAAAUGUACUAAAUAAUGUGCUAUAAUAAGGAGUUAUGCGUAUAUUUAUAUAAUGAUUUAUUGUUUCACGGUAUUGAAAUUGCACUUAUUUUAAUACUUGUUUAUGCAAUAGUGUUCAGAGCACCAGAAAAGGUGCUUUUGGCUCAACAUCAUCAAGAAUUGCACCAAUGGUGAGGAGGCAAGAAGAACAAAUGCCAGGUUUGUUUUGACUACCGUGAGCGCGAACAGUGGCUGCUCGUCGAGCCCACGCGCGCGACUACCCUCCCCUCCCAAAGCUUGCCCUGCUUUUGAAUCAAAGAUACCGAUUAGGCCCGGUUCAGACGCCGAACCUAUCAUGAGCCGAGGCUAAUUCGAAUUAAGUCCGACCCAAAUGAUUUAGACCGGCUGUAUUGAUUCAGACGCCGAUCUUAACUUUUAGCCGGACUAAAUUUAAGAAAAGUAAAAUGCUCAUUUCGGUCAAGCUGCUUACAAAAUAUACGUUUUAACAAUUUAUGCAUUAGGUUUGGAACAUGAAAAGUUCGGCGUCUGAAUCAAUUUGAAAGCCGUUCCAAAGUUGAUCAAAAGUCGAAAUUCCCGGCCGGGCUGGCAAGGAAGUACUUAAUUAAAUGUAUCAAGUACUUAAUUAAAUGUAUUAUGUUCGGCUCAUGAAAAGUUUGGCGCCUGAAUCGACCGGGCCUUACACACCGUUAAAAUACAGCGCAAUCGUUGACCUUCACUGCACUUUGGGCUAAUAUGGGGUACUGCAAUGUCGAUUACAGACUGAGUACAAAAAUCAAUUUUUUUUUCUUCGUUUAUCCCUUUUCUGCCUUUUAAGAAAGGUUUAUUGCGCAGUGGUUGGUGGGAAUUUAUGGGUUAGGCGGCGUUAUUUCGGUGUCUUGAACUUUCAAAUAAUAGUUUUUAUUACGCUGCUACACAAGUUUGGAUAUAAAUCAUACAGUUUUAGUGGUAGCAAUCUGAACCCCUGUGGUAAAAAGCUAAAAACUCAAAGACAGAAAGAAGCUUAUAAAAACAAGACAUCGUUAAUCAAAUGAACGAUUUUCUGGGUACGAUUCGCCAAAACCACCUCUACUUUUUUGGGGCACCACGUUUCUAAUGUAAUGCUUUCUCUUGUAAGGUCCCGCACACUACCUGACGGCAGACAAAUCUAAAAGCAAAGAAGUUCCUCCAUCGUCCACCUUUGUGUCUGCCACUGGACGACUUCACACCCCACCGGGGGUGGUGUUCGUAAGUUUUUCUGUUCGUUACUAUUGGCAAUGUCGGUUACAUUCUCUGUUUUUCACCCUGUCUUAUAGAAACAAUAAAUCAAUUACCUUAUCCAAUCACAAUAGAUAUCGUCUGCCCAAUGAACCAGUCAGAAGUAAAAAUAAACAAAUAAAGCGCCGGGCGCGGGAGAACUGGCUUUUCAGUGGUCGAGAAAGUUUCUUGAGAUUUUUUAGCCAAUCGCAAAGCAUUACCGUGAGAAGUCAAGGCACAUUACCUUGCAGCAUGACAGAGGAACCUUAAUGGUUGAGUAUUUUAUUUCUAAUAAUACUUUGUUCUUUUUCAUCAGGAUAAUCCUCCACCAGGCUCUUAUGAAGUGGUCCAUUCUUACGACUCCACGCAAGGUAGGUUAUUGUUCAUAGCCCUGAAGAGUGUUAUUUUUAACGUGUGGUAAACCCUUGCAUGGUGCCGUUGCUUAUACUCGUUUGUGAAAUGUUGAUAUGACCAACUCCGGUCUAAAAAAAAAAAUGAAAAAUCGUGAUUAUCGAACUCGAAAUGAAAUGAAAAUUAAAUGUAUAAAACGGCAGUGGCUCGGGGUAAAUUUUAUGAAACUUUUACAAGUGUGUCCAUUGUUUGAGAGUGUAAAAACAAUCGCUGCACGUAUGAAUUACACUUGUACAAGUUUUGUUCGGUCUGCUGGCGCCUUAAAUUAUAAGGCUAUUGAGCUUGUUUCGAAAGUUUUGCUAUUUAAAUUAACCUUGCAGUGUGAAUUCCUUCAACAGGAAGAGUACUGUAUAACUACGCUCAGCGCUCGAAUAGGAAUGCCAAGAAAAAAGGAGCCUUUCUUUCCUCUUCAAACAGAUUUCACGCUCAAAGACAAGUUAUGUCAGAGGAAGGCGAUCCAGGUAUGUCCCGGCACCCUUGUUGUUAUUGGGUUUAAAGUUGCUUUUAUCCCUGUGUUUUGGGUUGUUUGAAAAAGAGAACCCGCACUCAUCUCCUCGGGAGGAAAAAUGACCGGGUUCAAUUAACGGGUAAACAGGCUCCCCUCCCCUCCCCUCCCCUGCGCCCGGCCCCGUCCCAGGCUUCACUCACUCGUCUUCUUAAUUUUGGACGCCUCUAUAUUUGGCUAAAAUCCGUCUGGUUAAAAGAAUGAAGUAAUGUUUGUAGAUUCACUGCCUUGUUAACUUUUGUGGCAGAAUUUUGCUUUGUAAUGAGUCGCUUAAAAAUCCAGGUUUCCGAAGCCAAAUCGCGACAAAAAAAAAAAAAACAGAAAAAAAACCGCGAAAACAGCAUCACGAUUCUGAAAAUUUUUAUGUUUUCAUCAACUUGAAAAGAUCUAAUUAUAUAUACUUUAUAUGAGAAACUGUCGUAAACACUAGAAGUGAGAACACAACACAUGCAGUAGUGAAUGAACCUGUAUAUUCAGUUAUCUAUAUUAUGCAAUCUGUACUGAAAACCUAGCAAGUCCGUCUUGUAAAAGCUUUCGCAAACAAAACCUAAACAUAGGCACGUUAAACGUGCAUGAGCUAUUUCGAAUGCUUCAGUGUAACUUUAAUGCUUCAGUGUAACCUCACCAAGAGAGACUGGGUUUUUGUGCGAAAUUGAGUAUUGCCGUACAUAAAUGAAAACGCGAAACGCUCAGCUGCGUCGAUCCUCAUGCUAUAUAUUCACUUUCCUUUGUCUUUCCCUGUUACAUUUGGUGCAAGUUAAACAAAUAAACUGUUAAAGUAAAAUAUAUAUCUACUCACCAAGCGUUGAUUAGAACGAAAACUCUAAGGUUUCCUUGGAGUUUCUUAAGCCAAAAUGUGACUCAUCGAAUUCGAGUAGUUACAAAAUAACAGGAUUUUUAUCAUUGUGGUAGAUGGUUGCAUUAUCACAAUUCACGAGGUUUUCACGUGCGAUUCUACUCAGUGAAACAGUCUUUAACUUUGACAACUUAGUUCUUCAUGUUUUAAAAGCUAUUGCUUCUUAAAAGACAAGAGCCUUUUUUAAGGCAUUGGUUACAAUACGAAACAUGUCUUCAUACGUUCAAGUUAGGGACUUGUCAGAAAUUAGCAGUGGGGAGGUGGGGGUGGGAAUUUUAAAUUUGAGUUCGGAAAUGAAGUGACCCAUCCCUGCAAUGGGAGUGAAAUUUGCUAACCCCCUCCCCUUGACCUUGGCCUAAAAUAUCAUGACCCUCCCCCUCUUGUAUAAAUGAUAAAAUCUAGUUCUUGCAAUACACGAGGGUGAGUCAGUAUUAUGAAAGCUCAAAAUAUAUUUCUAAUCUGUUCUUUGCAAUGCCAUAUACAUACAUUUUAUAUGACAGCAACUCGACUCUCCUAUUUCUCCCAGGUUUUUUUUUUUUUACAAAAUAAAGAACUUCUUAUUUCUUCUGUGGGUGAACCUCUACAUGAUCACGGACACAUAUUUGCAUGACCCUCCCCCUUUUAAUGGCCCAUUUUUCAUGAACCCUCCCUUUUCUGCAGUCUCAAAAAGUUGUGAACCUCCCUCUGUUUCCACCCCCCUUCCCCUGCUAAUUUCUGACAAGUCCCUUACUAUUAUUAUUGUAAAAAGCCAAUCUGCAUGAGAUAUACAGUCACACAACUGGCACGUGAAAGUGUUGGACUUUGCCCCCUUUCGUGGUUCGUACGUGAGGGCAUUCGAGUUAUCACACAGUAAUCGAGUAAAAAGAAUUAUAAAAAUAACUCAUGCACAAUUUGCACGUGAAGAUGUUGGUCUUUGGCCCUUUUACAAUUCAUACGUAAAAAAACGCAAAUUGUUUACUACAAAAUUUUCUCAAACGAUUUAAAGAAAUCACCUCGGCUUCAUUACGACAGCUGUAAUUAAAUUAUGUUUCAUGCAACGUCAAGGUUGAUAGCCUAACAUUUAUUAACUUCCAAGAAAAUUAUCAAACUGCCGAAAUAUAUUUCUACUUGUAUCAUGUUACUCCACUCAAUAUAACAGUAUCUAAUUAUUGUGUCAACUAGCUUCUUCCAAUUUUCUUCCCUACCGGUACUGGUUCUACUUAAGUUACGCAUCUUUACUAAAUAAAACACGUUUCAAUAACUAUAAUGCUUAGUAUGCAGGAAGGAUGUAUCAUGUUGUUCACGUAUUAUUCUUUUUUGUUUUUGUUUUGCCGGAACGAAAAAGGUCUGUUGAACUUUGUAAGCGGGAGAAUAAUAUUUCUACAGCUUGUUUACGGAAUUAACAAUACUCCGUACAGCUUUAAAAAAAAUAAGCUGCCUUUCAAACUUCUACAACCACAUUUUAUAGGCCGCAUACUUUCGAAUUUAAGUCCAUAUCGAAAUAUCAAUUAUUGCUUCACUGGAAGAGCUUUUAAAAUAUAUGAUCUUUUAUACUCUACCUUGAAGCAGGUGAAACAACUCAUAAAUACGUGCGUGGUACCGUUCGCGAUAGCCGAAUUCGGUCUGAAAUGUCUUGAAGUAGCAUCCACACUAAAAUAUGAACCCUUAAACAGCUGCACCACUGUACACAGCGUUUAAAUCAUGAAGAUAUUUAAUAUAAUGUUUCCAAACACCUGUAGCCGUUUAAAAGACGAAAAAAUUGUGAAGAAUCAAGAUGGCGGUCUUAAAGUGCCCUUGUUCGACCUUUAGCAAUGUCAUGUUUAAGUAGAUGCCAAGAUCUCAUUGGUUCGUAAGCAUCAACUCAUAGUACCUUCAACUUUAUUGGCUCUUGCAACAAACAUCCGAACAUACAAAGUUACAAAGAUACAAAGAUACAAAGCCACAAAGAUACAUACGCUCACAACACUGACAUAUGAGCUAUUUUUUCAAAAUAGCUCAAAAAUGAUAUCAUCAAGAAGGCAGUUCAUAUCGUUGGACAGGUGGAAGUUUCUGUCAGACUACACCCUUUGGACCUCUUUCAAAUAUUGCUGACCGGUAACCGACGCACGACUCGCGCAAGGCGUGGUUCACCGUCGCGCUGAGACUGCCUCUCAUCCAAGAUUGAACCUGCCUUUUAGCAGGUGUGCAAACUAAACAAAAACCUUUGAAAAUUCAUUUCUCCGCAAAACUAAAUUCAGCUAAAUUUGUCUUGUCCACUUCGUUCCUGUCUUUGUUUUUAGAACUUUUAUACCCUCUCAUAAAAGUAAGUGCUUGUCCUACAUGUCGCUGUUGAUUCGCCUACUCGGUUUAUGUGCGUAUAGAUGAUUGAAAACCUGGAAGCGGUAGGCACGAAACUGGCAUUGCUUAAAAAUUUGGAAGUUUACCUGUCAACUUAUUAUUUAUUUAUUAUCUUAUUUGUGUCAGGCCCAGGACAAUAUGACUUCAAAGAAGCGGCAGGCCGAGGAGGAUUAAUGACCACUCGCCAAGACAGAUUUAGACCAAUCAAGAGUGAGACCCCGGGACCAGGCAGCUAUGAGGUAGGCUAUAUGAAUCGUGUAUAUGCCUAUUAAAGUCAAACCCCGUUAAUAAGGACACUGAGGGGACCAUAGAAAGUAGCAACCUCGUCCCCAGGGCGAAAAGCGCCCUGGGGACGAGCUUGAGAAAGUAACCGUAUUGUUGGCUUUUCUUUGACUUCUCGGAAUAAUGACCACUACUACUAUCUAGCUUUGGCAAUUUCAUGCAGCUCCUUGGUUUUCACUGCUUGGUUCAAAGGUGGGUUAAACAACAGCAUUUCCGGCCGACUUUCCGUCUCGAACCGUAUAAUGCGGAUAUGAAAGCUUGCGCUUGUUAACGUGAUUCCCUAGUAAAAGAACCUAACGUAGGUUGUAGAUGAAACUUGGUACACUGAUGUAACAAGUCAAGAAGAUGAUAAAAAGGUAAUAAAAAGUGGGGGUCACCGUGCUCGUUUUGACGUCACAAUGCUGACAAAUACGGCUAUUUUGGACCCUUUAACAAAAACCGCGCGCAGCCCAAAACUAGACAAAAAGGAAAGAUUUUUUCAAUGAUGCAUGUGGUAUCGCACAGAAUUUGACUUUAAUGUAUUGUUUAUCCACUUACGUACCAGAAAAAUGCCUUUUAAUGCCCUUGUUUUUACUUUACGCUACAAAGUAGAAUUAAAUUGGACACGCGCUAUUCGACACGUGAUAGCUCAAUCCGUACAAUUUAGUAAAAUUGCCAAAAAACUGAACAUAGAUUUGUGCCAAUUUUUUUCUCACCGAAAGGAAGCAGUGUUCUUAUUAAAAUCAUGAAGUAAAAAAUGGGGGUCACCGUACUCGUUUUUGCGGUAGAGCUGCAGAAAGUGCGCACCAAAUGCAUUUUCCUUGAUUUUUGAGAGAGGACUGGGGCGAGUUUCAAAAUAGGAUGUAUGCGAAAGGGGUAAGAAAGUAUUAAAAAAUCCGUUUUUACAGAAUUUACAUCGAGAUAUCACAUUCAGGACACAAUGUGAUAAAGAAAGCGUUUAAAUGAAAAUCAAAGUGAAUAAGCACAAAUUAAACAUCCACUAUCGAGGUUCUCCGUGAGGAAGUUCGAACUGAGCAACACGCGUACUGCUUACGUGAUGCACAUUCCCACCACAUUGAGUCUCACCUCGGCAAGAGACAACCGCAAGCAAAAAUUGCAAUAGCGUUUCUCUUCGGUCAACUUCAUUUUAAUAAUUUUACUUCACAUGCUCUUUUUUACGGAGGCCAUCUUGUUAUGCGCAGUAAGAGAUGCGCAGUGCAAAACCAGGGAAUCACCUUAAGUAAAACAGAGCCAAGAAUUUGACAUGUUUUGAAUGCAACUAUAACACUUGCGCGGAACAAUGCAUCGGGGCCGGGGCUGACGACUUUUUUGUACGAAAUAACUUUUCGAAGGAGCAAAUACUGCAUAGAAAUUUCUAAAGCUCGUCUCGAGCUUCCGAAAUUAUCCAGUUAUCCACAAACUGUUAAAACAAUUUCUGGUUAACCCUUCCACUCGUCUUCGGAGUAUUUCUAUUAACUUACCGACGAUUUUAGGAACUUGUCUUUCACAUUUUAUUACCAAGAUAUUGCUAUUAUUGUUAAAAAAGGAACAUGUCCCGUUUGAAAACAUGUUUACUGCAAAGCUGUUGUUUCUGUUGCUGCUGACUUUGACACAACAUAACCUGUGUCUUUUCUUGUGUUUCAGCUGAGUCCGCUACAGAUGCAUACCACGCUAAGAGGCACAUUUAAUGCUACUCUAAACAACCCUGUGGCCAUGUCUUACGAUGAUGGCUUGGAAAGAAGAUCGCCGUCAAAACAGGCUUUUUUACUGGGAGUUUAA